AUGCGGCUCGCGCCGCCCGGAUUCACGGGACCACCCACGUCGAACGACCAGAGCAACGGGAACGACGAUCGUACGUCCACGAGCUUGCCUUUCGAGCUUUCUACGCGCGAUCCCUUGCGUACCCGCGGCCUCGAGAAUGAUCCCGGCUGGCAGCAGCCGUCGCGAAAGGGAUCGCGUCGUCGCUGGUCCUGUAAUCGGCUCGAGUCGGUACGGGACGGGCCUGAAAUCGGAAACGCCACUGCCUUUAACGUCUCGCACGGUUACGUUACCCGUCGCGCGCUACCAAACCACGACCACGGUGCUCGCGAUCGUUCCGCGUCGCGCGGAUCGAGGCCGCGGUCCUCCCACGGCAAGAAGGCGAGAACAAGAUGGAAACGAGACACGGAACUCGUCGAUCGCUCUCGGAUUCCUAUCGCGAACGCCACAAACGUUACCGCUGUCGCCGCGUUCGCUUACACUGCCUACAACGACGCCGAGAACGCCGACGGGGACACCGACGUCUCGAGGACCACCGCGUCGCCUCCUCACCGCCGCGGCCCUCGCGAUAAGGACAACUCUCGAGGGGAGCCGAUACGUCGCGAUACGGAGUUACGCGGACGUUCCCGUCGAGGCACGCGUGCUGGAACCACGAAUCGCGACUACACUGCCCGGUUCCAGGAGCCGAUCGCCAACAGGGGACGACGACCCGAGCUGCGAGCGACGAGCGGACCAACGAGGCUGUCCAAUUCGCACGGUAGAAAGUACGGGUUGCUCUUCGUCUUGUAUCUGCUGGCUUGGCCUCUGGUGUCUUCGACGAAUCCCUCCGGACAAUUCGCCACGGGGUUCGCUCAGAGUCCAUCCCUCGGUCCCCUCGAGACUUUGCCGCGGCGCAACGUCACGCAAAUCACGCCUCAGCAGCAGCAGCAGCAGCAGCAACAGCACGGCCGCGAUUUCGGCGACGACGACGGGCAUCGUCGUCGUGCUCGCCACGAGGAAAAACAGCAGCAAGAUCAACGGGAGACGGAGCUGGAAGAAUCGUUGUCGUAUCAAGAUCAGCAGGCGUUCAUCGACACCGAGACGACGCAUCCUUACAACGAAUACAGCUGGGAGGUGAACCAAGUGAAUCCUUGGUUAUCGGCCUGCGACCUGGCGGGACCAGCGCCGGCCGAUCUUCAGGGUAGCUGCGGUCCACCCGAGGUGCCCAAGAAUUGCCCGUCACCCUGCGCGGUCACCGCUGGGGGAAAGGGCACGGACGUGUUUCAGCAGGUGAUCGAGAAGGUCGAGGUCACCGAGGGGAGGCCCUGGUCGGUUGACGAGAACGGGAAACGUUUCAACGUUGGAACGAAGACGGGACACGCUCGUGGGAUGCCCGAGGGCGUACGGACGGCUCCGGAACAGUGCCUUUUUUAUCUCGAGGAGUCGCAUAAGAGGGACAUCUGUCGGGAUGAUUUUGGCCGGAGCAGUACGCGAAGUUUUUUAACCCCGAGGGAGAAUCGAUAUUGGUUCAUGAGCGGGUUGCGUCUGCGGCACUGCUGCGAGCACGCGGUGGUCAACGCCCUGGCACCCGGCAAGGGCGGUCCGCUCGAGAACGUGCUAAAUGGUGGCCAGAAGUGCGCCGAUGCCCUGGACAAGCUGUUGCUCGUCGAUGCGUUAGCCGCGAGAUUACAUUGUGAGUUCGAGGAAGUGCUGGCGCGUUACGACUGCGCUCAGCCCUAUUCGGUCAUCUUCAACUGCACCCAUUGCAAGGAGGCGUAUAGAAAAUGGGUGUGCAGCUCCCUGGUGCCUUACUUUGCUCACGGGGGACCGCAGGACUUGGAUACCUUGGAGAACAGCUGGGUCGGAAGCAGGCUUAGGCCCUGUCGGUCCUUCUGCCAAUCCGUGGAGCAACGUUGUCCUUACUUGCUUCCGGGUGACCGUGCCCCCGCGUACCCCACCCAAUACGCUGGCGAACCCACCUUUCUUUGCAGAGAUCCAAACAUCCCCGAGACCGGAGGGCAAGCCUCGAGGGCGUUGCAUAGCAGCGAGGAGGGCGAGUGCUGUUUCCAUGUGUGCUCCGAGGAGAAACCAGGAUCGGGCAUCUGCUGGAAUUGCACGGAUCGGGAGCCUAGGAAGCGCGGGAGAAGCCACGAUCCACCGACGGCGCCCCACUGCGAGAUUAAUCCUAUUCAACCAGCUUCCACAGGUAUGCAGUACCCACAGUCAACGUCCACAACCAGCGGCGAAGACGGCGAAGAAGAGGACUCGUCGAUGUCGCCACUGUCCCCCUCCAACACGCUGCAGCAACAACAGGGGACCUCGUUGUGCGGCAGCGGCGGGGUAGGCUCGAUGCCCAUGGUCUCGUCGUCCAAUCGACCAUCGCCCUCGAUCCUCCUCCGGCUGCUCUGGCUGUGCUCGUUGUUGGCCAGCUUCCUCGCCACCGUUCGAAAGGUCCCCGUUCUCUGGAUCACGUGGGUCUUCCACGGGUUGAUCGCCGCCCUGGUGGACCGUCAGUCUCGAGGAACGGGCCGCGCCUUGGGUCUCGUCGCAUCGUUGCGUCGUCGCAGGGGUUGUUGUCACGUCGGGGCGCGUCACUGUGCGAAGUGGAUGCUCGAAAAGUGGGUGAUGGUCGAACGUCGUUGCAGGGGCUGGUGGUGCUGGUGCUGGUGGUGGUGGAGGUGGCGACGACGGAAAUCACGAGCAGCCCCGAUGUCGCGUCGUAAGCGUCGUCGUCACUCUCUCGAUGGGGUCUCGUGUCGUCUUUCGACGGCGAGUCGCGGCGACGGAGGCGCGAAUCGCGCUCGAAGACCUUGCGACGAGUGCCGCGGUUGCACGUCGACGCUGAUCGGUCGCUGGACGCGUGAUCUCGGGGUGAAGUGUCGUUGGUGGUGGUGGUGGUGGUGCUGGUGGUGGUUGUGCCGACGGUGGAGGCUGCGGGGACGAUCGAUCGUCGGUCCACGGUUCGUCGAAGAGGAUCAAACAGGGGAUCGUCGUCGCGCGUCUCUGCGAGGAAGCGAAAGAGGCGACGAGGGGCCAGACGGCGAUGUUUGGCGUUCCGCGGCGAGACGGCGAUGCUUGGCGUCGUCGUUGAGGAAGGAUCCGCCAUAGGGGACGGCCUCGGGGAGCGCAGAUGCGCGAGACGCAGAUUUUUUCUAUCGGUAGCCGGAGCUCCAGUCGAGAAGGACUCGCGGUGUACCUUACACAGGAUUCCGGGCCCUCGUGAAAGGGUCGCGGGAGCAACGAACGCGCGUGCCUCUUACGCGUCGAGGGCGAAGGAUCGGGGCACGACGGGGAACCGAUUCGGAAACGGUGAAGAGAGACGAGGCUUGGAUGCGAGAGGAAGAAAUUUCGAUUGCGCUUCGAGGGAGAUCGGGGUUCGAACAACGGGAUGGGGGAGGGGAGGAAGACUCGCCAGGGGACGAUGAACUUGGACAUCGAACGACGAGAAGACGCGCCGAAGACGCACACCCGGGUUCAGUUCCCCUUGGAAUUUAGGGAAACGUCGAGGACAAACGGAAACGAUGGAACCGUGACAUACACACGCAAAAAAAAAAAAACACGUCUGUCGCGAAUAAUAAUGAUAACAAUAAUACAAUAAUAAUUGAUAAAAUUAAAAUAAUUAACGAUGAUCACGAUUAUAAUGGUAAACGAUAAACCGACGAUGAUGAUCACCAUUUUGGGGGAACGACGAUACUAAAAAACGCAGAGAUAUAUUGAUGCUGAUUAUACCGAUGAUAAAGAUGAUGAUGUUGAUGACGAUACGAAGACGAAGAUAAAUGAUGACGAUGAUGAUGGGUGAUGACGAAGAUAAUGAUGAUGAUAAUUGAAUAAAAUAAAUAGCUAACGAAUAAUAAUAAUUGAAUAAUGAAGUAAAUAAUAACGGUUAAAUAAUGGAGUAACGAUGAAGAGGAAAAAAAAACCGAUAAAAGUAAUGUUAACGUAAACGAUAGAAUGAUUACAAUACAACUAUUAUUAUACAUUCAAAGAUACGUCACAUAAGUACACACACGCAUACAUAAACGAUACGAAACUGGUGAAUUGAAGAGUACGGCACGUUGAAAUCGGUAUAUUGAAAUUGUCGACGAAGAGGAGAGGGAUCGGUGGACGCGAAUCCUGUGCGAAUGUGCUAACACGGGAGCGAAUGGGAUGUGCGAAUGCGAAGAACACAAAAUGGCGGGCGAGAACGCGACCGGAUGAGACAAAAUGGCACACGCAAGGGGCAAGCAUGCAAGUAUGAGUAAUUAACGAUUGACGAAAACGACAUUGUUCAGAAAAAAGUAACACACACACACACACACACAAACACACAAACAGAGGCAGACAGACAGAGGAAGACACACUAAACGCGCAAAAAGCUUCACACGAAAGCACAAACACGCAUACAAGACAUAGGUAAAUAGUCUUUUGGUCGUGAGACUAGCGGGAAAACGAGGACGGGAAACAAAUAACGGUGUGGGGCGAAAGGGGGCAAGAAGUUUUGCGGAAACGGCACGAGGAUAAAUAAACACGACGUUAUCGAGGUAUAAUAUGUGUUCGUUUAGACCUUACAAUAAAUAAAUAACUAUUAUAUUAAUAUAGAGACGUAACGAUACGAAGUAAAAGAGGAGCGUGCGAGAGAACGUGGAUGGGAGAGCAUGUCGGAGCGAAUGACUAAAAGAAGAGCGAGAGGGACGAGCGCGGAAACGUACGGGGGAAACGCAAUCGAGUAGAAACAAGAAAAACCGUAGCAAGCUGACGGAUUUUUUUAUAGACAAGAAAAGGGAAUCAUUUCAAAGAAAUAUUGCCAAAAUAGCGAUACUGUAAACAAAAAAAGAAGUUCUUUCUUCCAGGUGGCACCUCUUCUUCUCCAUAGUUCGCGUGGCUUCGAAUCGGAAACGAGAAGUUAGAACGCGUCGCCAUUUUCGUUUUCGCGAACCGGCGGGCCCCGUAGUUACACAGUCGGUCUCGAACUCGUGCGUUCAUACGUCACCGGUGGUUAAAUCAGCGGUGCCAAAACGAAACCAGUUGCUCCAACGCGAGUCCAAUGCUUUUCUUUUCUUUUUAACGGGGGAUUGGGAAAAGAUUACGUCGACGUUCGAGAAUCAGGCUGCCUGCGAAACAAAACGGAGUCACAGAGAGGUGAAACGGUUCGAGUGAAAAAUGACAAUGGAGGGGGAAGUAGCUUAUAGAGCGAAAAACGUAUGAAAGCGCUCGAGCUGGCGAGGUUCUCGACGCCGGGGAACAAAAGUCAGGUUAAAAAAAAGGAAAAGAAAAGAAAAAAGAAGGAGAAGAAAUACGGGAAAAAGCGCGAAUCGAAGCUGGCUCUGGGGCAAUUUAGAGACGUAUUUGCAAUCGGGAAAACCGAUGUGGUCUUACCUCGGAAACCGGAAACUGGCGAAGUACCCACGAACCCAGUGGCAGCGUGAAUCGUCUUUUCUCUCGUCGAGUAUUCCUACUCCCAUUUUUAUAUUGUAUCGUAUAAUCACUCAACUCCAGAUACGUCCGACUAGGUAUUUUUAUUUCUAAAAAAAUGAUCUUUGCCAUCCUGCUUGCAUAGACCCAUGAAAAUGUUAGAUAUCGAAAGUAUCAGUACGGAUAAUAGUUCUAUGUACGAUUCGUUGGUAAUGGAACGUCACGCGCGACGUCAUAGUGAUCUUUUUCCGUGUUUCAUAAAAAAAAAAAAAAAGAACGUGGGAGAACCAGAGAGAGUCGCGGGAUAGCAAGCGAAGCCACGGGUUACUGCAGCGGGAAGAAGGGGGGUGGGGCGGGUAGGGGUAGGCAGAUGGUAAAAAGAGAGAAGUAGAGAAUCGUCGUCGUCGUUGUUGUCAUCGUAAUUGCAGGAAAUCAAGCACGAGAUGCAGGGCGUGUCCUACACAGGUAUACACGUACAUACACGCAACACGUGCACGCACGCACAAACCCACAAAACGUACACACUUGACACACACACAUACACGCGUACACACGGGUGGAGGGUACGCACACACAUUGGAGGUGUGCGUUAAUUACGUUGUUAAACAUUGUCCAAUACAUAAUUGUUACUAAUUUACAUUUAUAAGAUGAACGAGAGAGACGCGAGAAAGAGACAGUGCGCACGCGAAAGACGACGCGAACGACUCAGCAGAGAUGGGCUGAGAUUCUCGUCUGGAUAAACCACGAAUAACUGACAGAGGUUUAAACAGCUUUCCAUUCCUCAUUUGUUCCGCAAAAAUUGCAAUCUGAAUUAGCCACGGGACGAUGCUCGGAUGCUAUAUAAAAACCUUCGAAUUAUGAACGACAGCCGAACGAUUGUUGAACGAUUCUUGGUAAGCUGUUUUUUAUUUUUAGUAUCCGAAACAGAGUUCUGUCCAUCUCUGAGCGAAAAGAGUGAGUCGACGGAGAAACCAUAUAAACAUUAUAAAUAUAUAAAUAUAUACAUAAAUAUUGUAACGAAAUCGAGCGGAGGGGCGACGGGAAUGAAAGCGGGACGAACGGUACACGGACUUUCGGAUGCACGUUCGUGUAUGAAAUAUGUGCGUGUGCGUCACGAGAGUAUUAGCAAAGGGAGAUCCCCCGAUGUCCGCGAUUGCUUUUACGUGCAAUCUUUGCGCUCGAAACGCACGAUACUGCUGCGUGCGUCGAUAACAACGAGAGAGAGAGAGAGAGAGAGAGAGAGAGAGAGAGAGAGAGAGAGAGCAUGUGUGCGUUUGGACGGAGUAGCGUCGUCGAUCGAAGGAAAACCAUGAUCAACGACACCCGCAAGGGGCAAACCCAUCUGUAUCCCUUCGACAUCCUUUCGCAGGACGAUGGAGCGUAGGUCCCGUAUGUAUAAAAUAUUAGGCGUAGAUACUUGGUCAUUUUCAAGAUAUAAAUACAGUAAAGACUGGAUAAAUAUGCAAAAUGACUAUCUCCACCACUGGUGGGCGGUUCCCCUUAGCGAGCGAGCAGUGUAAUUUGAUUCUAACCGAUUGAUACGUUUCUGCUGGCUUCUGUCGACUACUUUUUCCCCUUGGACAUCUUUCUUUAUCUUUUUCACGUUCAACGGUGGCAAAUGUAUACACAGAAUAGAAACUCCGACCGAGUAUUAUAGUUGCGGGUCCCGAUUUUCCUGCAGUUAUCCAGUCUUCGCUGUAAUCGAAGUUCAAUAUAAUCGCAAUCGAUCAACUACGCUUAAUAUUCUACAGGACCAAGGACCUAUACUCCUUCGUCUUACGCAAAUGUGAUUCAAUCGAAGAGGGACAGAUCGGGCCCUUCCCUCGUUGGGAAACAAACUCGCGAGAACAAAGAAGCGCGUGGCCCACGCCGACGAAACUCGAGACGGCCACGAGGAAACCGACGCGUCGCCAUUUUCAGUUCUAAAGGAGCUGUCACGCCAUCCGUAUUUCCGUUCGAACGGCAAGUAGAUCAGAACACGUGAGAAAACAUUCUCCAAUCGAAUCGAGAACGAGCAGUGACGAGAAAAUUCAAGCGUUAAUCUAAAAAAGAGAAGGAAAAAGUAAAGAUAGUAUCGAUGGAAGGUUGUAUCAAUGCAAGGUUGUCUGUAUCGAUGCAAGGUCGUUCGUUAACCAUGGCCGACGGCUUCGAACUUGCAACGUCGAUCCUCUUGGACGAUUCUAGAAUCGAUCUCGCGAGAUCCCAGGUUUCAUUCGUCGUUUCUCCUCUCUUCCUGCCGCCUCGAAGCGUUCACGUUUUCUUCGUCGGCCGCGCCGCUCGACUUCCGGUCGGUUUCUUCCCUCGCGUCGCCCACGAAGACCGUCGUGUCGCUCUUUCGGAUCUUCGUAGGACGAGCGGAGUCGUAAUUGAACGACCUCGUCGAGAAACUCCGGGCUUUGUCGUUCCCGUGGACCGCGUCCCUCGUUCGUUCGUUUGCCUAGAAAAUGAUAAGCAAUGUUCUUGGACCAUUAACGAAACAAACAAACAAAAAAUUGAUAAAAUGAUAAAAAAAAAAGAAGCAGACGGAAUAAUAAGAAUAUAAGUAGCCAGGAGAGAAUGGAAUUCUCGGCCGCGCGCGAUCGUUGAACCAGAAGGAACACGAAUUUUCAGGGUUCUUCGUCAUUUCCACAGAAUUUUUAAUUCUCUCUUAAUUUUCUAGGGUUUUCUCUAAAUAUCGAUUCAUCGUAAGUUCUCCCGUUUCUUCGCGUUCGUUUUUCUUGAUUCUUCGCAAAUUUUCCGAUUCGCCGAACUUUCUUGAAUUUUCCGGUUCUUCUCGUAACUCUGUUCGUCCCACGAGUUUUCAGUAUAUUGCUCCCGAAUUGUACGCAGUUUUCCCGAAUUUUCCGAGGUUUUCCCGAAUACUCCGAGGUACGCGUCCCCGGCCGAUUUGAAAUUCCGCACGACUUCGGGACGAGCGUCGCACGGAGUCCUUUCAAACUGUCGUUAGGCACGCGAAAUAUGCGCCGCAAGCGAAAGAAAAUCGACGAACUCGAGGAGAAUAUCGAGUGCGAUUCGUUCGGACGCGCGUCGAACCACGUGUACGCUUUAAUCGGCGUCGGUUGUUCUCUUGCGAUCCAUCGAGCAUUCGCGAUCUUUUUCAUUUUUUUUUCCUUUUUAUUUUUUUUU